GCAUAUCGUUUCAGUCAUUAUUAUUUUGCCAAGGUGGACACUUGUGGACAUAAGUGUGUAGAGAGAUGGUGCAAGUGAGAGUGAGCGAAGGUUUACUAGAGGGGGAGCAGGUUCAGAAUGAGUAUGGAGGCUCGUUCUACAGGUUUAGAGGCAUACCUUACGCCCAACCACCACUUGGAGAUCUUCGGUUUAAGCCACCACAACCGCUAAAACCAUGGCAGGGCGUGCGACAGGCCAAGCAAUUUGGCACAGUGUGCUACCAGUAUAACGCCACCAACCCUGGACUGUCAAACAUGAGUGAAGAUUGCUUAUAUGUAAAUGUUUACACUCCAGACAUUAAGCCUGCAACCCCUCUUCCGGUCAUGGUUUGGAUCCACGGAGGAGGAUUCGUAUGGGGAAGUGGUAAUGAUGAUCUUUACGGUCCAGAGUUUCUGAUCAGACAUAAUGUUGUUCUAGUCACACUCAACUACAGGCUCGAAGUCCUCGGAUUUCUUUGCCUUGACACCGAAGACAUUCCUGGCAACGCGGGCAUGAAAGAUCAAGUAGCAGCCCUCAGAUGGGUGAAAAGGAACAUUGCCAAUUUUGGAGGCAACCCUGACAACAUCACAAUAUUUGGAGAGAGUGCUGGUGGUGGAAGUGUUUCAUAUCAUCUCAUAUCUCCAAUGUCAAAAGGUCUCUUCAAUCGAGCUAUCCCACAGAGCGGAGCCUCCACAUGUUUUUGGGCUAAGGCAUUUGAACCAAAAGAAAAGGCUAUACUUCUCGCUAAGCAACUUGGUUUCCAUUCAGAAGAUGAAAAAGAAUUGUAUGAAUUCUUUAAGAAUCAACCUGUGGAAAACCUGGUCAACUUAAACUUACAAGUAACAACGUCACAGAAACCUUAUGAAAUUCAUUUUAGUGUAACAAGUGAAAAAGAUUUUGGACAGGAAAGAUUCUUUUAUGGCGAUAUUAUCGACGCAAUCCAAAGCAACUUACAUGAAGGCGUAGACAUUAUGACGGGUUAUACAAAGGACGAGUACACAAUCUCUGUAUCCCUCGGUGGACCAUUGGAAGAUAUUCUUGCGAAAGCUCAGAGAUACCGUGAGGCUUUCACCCCCAAAAUAAUACAAAACUACGGAACGAUAAGCGACCAGCUAGAAGCUGCAAGAAAGUUACAAAAAUUUUACUAUAAGAACGAAAGGGUAUCAAUGGAUAAUAUCGAUACAUUAUUAAACUACAUAGGCGUGGAAAUGUUCGUUCAUGGCGUGAUGUUGGCGGCGAAGUUGUAUUCAAAGAAGAAUAAAGUCUACUUUUACAAAUUCAAUUGUUUCUCUGAGAGGAAUGUCUUCGCGCAUGCCUUUUGCGUCGGCUAUUUAACGGAAGGCCGGUCCAUAGUAAGUCAUGCGGAUGAAUUGGCAUAUCUCUUCCCAGUGAAACUUUUCUCACAAAAAGUUGAUAGAACAUCGGACACAUUCAAACUGAUUGACAGGGUCACUAAACUUUGGACAAACUUCGCCAAAUACGGAAACCCGACUCCUGACGACAGCCUCGGAGUGAAGUGGCUCCCUUACACCCUGGCAGCGCAGGAUUAUAUGGACAUUGGUAACAAGCUGGUUGCUGGGAAAUCACCAGACAAAGAAGAACUGGACUUCUGGGAAUCGGUACACCAGCAACAUCUGCCUAAAUUCAGUAUGCUUCACAAAUAAUAAUAGGUACUAAAUUCAUAAUAUAAUCAUAAGCUUGCACCAA